AUGGAGAAGAGUCUAGGUUGCCGGGACUCUAAUCCAUCAAAGGCGAAUCGGCAAGAUGGUGGUUGGACCCUAGGGCCAUCAUCGGAGGUGACUGUGACUAGGUUGGCCUCUCGGGGCGACGACACGGCGAGAAAUAUGGUACAGGAUACGAUUACGAAACAGCGAACGACGAUACCUGGAACAGAAGACGACGUGAUUAUCAUAGAGGCUAUUGAGAGUGAAUUACGGAUGGACAUAGAUAAGGCGAAGGGAGGGAGUAAGAAGAGGAAAGCUUCUACCCCAAAACAUGAAGCGAAGAGGAAAGAGGAAGGAGAUGACCUGGACAUGACAGGAUUACUGCUGGAGGAAGACCUUGGUGAGGAAGACAGAGAAGGAGAUGACGAGAGCACAAGAUACCGAAGGAAGAUCCAGCAACGAAUGCACGAAAUGCAAAACAUAGUGCUAGAUUCGGAAAAGAAGAUGGGCAAGAAAGCGUAUACGAGAAUGUUGGAGGCGAUAGACGAGGUGAGAGUAGUGGUGGAGAAGCUUGCUUUGGUGUCGGCAGUGGAGGGAAUAAAUCGUUCGCGGAGUGGGGAGAUAUUGGAAGAAAUCCGAGAAAUGCGUAAGGACAUGGAGGAAUUGAGGACGAAGAACACAAACCUCGAAAGAGAAGUAGCGGAGAUAACGAAAAAGGUUACUUACCUGCAGCAGCGGCGCGACGAAGACCAUGGCCCGGAGAAACUCACUGGAACGGCGACGACGAGGAAGAGGCCCAUGAAUUAUCUGGAAGCGGCGAGGAACUCCAUCUGGCGGCGACCUGAAACAGAAAGCAGAAAGGUUAAUGAGAUGGAUGAAAGAACAGGAUCUGGAAGUGGAAGUGGAGGAGGAAAGGAUAAGGCGAAGGAUGGGAAUAGGAGAAUGGAUGGAGACCAGGAAUGGACGGUGGUUAGGCGUAAAGGAAUGAGGAAAUUGAGUGAAGAUGGAAGGAGCAAAGGGGCUAGAGCGGAAGAGAGGAAGAGGAUCCCAUUGAUGACGGAAGCGGUGGUGAUCUCAUGUGAGGAGAAGGAGAGGGGAAAGGAGCUCUUAGGGAAGGCGAAGAAGAACAUUUCGCUGGAAGAAUUGGGAAUUGUGAAUUCGAGGAUGCGGAGAACAGCAACAGGAGCGACUUUGAUCGAAAUCCUAGGAGAAGGUCGAAAGGAGAAGGCGGAUAAGUUGGCGGGGAAACUUGAGGAUUUUUUCCAAGGAGACCCGAUAAAGGUGACCCGACCGACGAGGAGGAUAGAUCUUAGGAUUAGUGGAUUGGGAGAGGAUACGACAGAGGAAGAAAUUAGGGAAGUGGUAUCUAAAGAAGGAGGUGGAAAGAUAGAGGAAGUCAGAGUGGGAAGGAUAGGAUGGUUGAGGAAAGGAUAUGGGAUGGUAUGGGUGUCGUGCGAGGCAGAGGUGGCGAGGAGUGUGAUGGAAAAGGAAAGGAUAUGUAUAGGCUGGACGCGGGCAAGAGUGGAAAGGAUAGAACCGAGAAUAUUGAGGUGCUACAGGUGCCUGGAAGGCGGCCACACUGCUGCCACGUGUGACAGCACGGUGGACCGUUCGGGCACCUGUCACAAAUGUGGAGAGAUCGGUCAUAGGGCUAAGGAUUGCGUGAAGAGUGAGAAGUGUCUUGCCUGUGAAUCCCUCGGAUUGGACACAGGACACAGGAUUGGCAGCGUGAACUGUAAUGCGUAUAGGGAAAGGAAAAGGAGACAAACGGACACGAGGAAAAGGAUGGAGAGCGAGAACACGGGAGGGGCCGGAUAA